UCAUUUCUACUGCCACUGAUGAUCUGCGCAAGAUAGAUAGGGACUCCAUAGCUCUCUCUUCUCCCCCUUCCCCCCUCCUUCUUCGAUUUUUUUUUUUUGGUGUUUUCACUUUUUUCUUCAGUUCAUCUUCUUCUUCCUCUCCAAGUUUUUGAGUUUCUUCCUAUUUGGGUUUCUGCCUUGUCUUCUACAUUCUGUACCUGGAAACCCUAAUCCUCCAGUGUCCUGUUUCACCACCCAAUCUGAAGAAAAGAUGAUGCCUCAGAGGUUGAAGCAGCAGGGGAUGAUGCAGCAGUCGCUCUACCAUCACCCCGGUCUCAUAGCUGCUCCUCAGAUAGAGCCUAUCUUGAGUGGAAAUCUGCCUCCUGGGUUUGAUUCAAGUACAUGCCGCAGUGUGUAUGUUGGAAACAUUCAUCCGCAAGUUAAUGAACUCCUUCUUCAAGAGGUUUUCUCAAGUACAGGUCCGAUUGAGGGCUGCAAGCUUAUCAGGAAAGAGAAGUCCUCCUAUGGCUUUGUGGAUUACUUUGAUCGUAGAUGUGCUGCACUUGCUAUUGUGUCUCUAAAUGGCCGUCAUUUGUUUGGGCAGCCUAUUAAAGUUAACUGGGCUUAUGCUAGCAGCCAAAGAGAGGACACUUCAGGGCACUUCCACAUUUUUGUUGGCGAUCUAAGCCCAGAGAUUACAGAUGCAACGUUAUUUGCAUGCUUCUCUGUUUAUUCUAGUUGCUCGGAUGCUAGGGUCAUGUGGGAUCAAAAGACUGGACGUUCAAGGGGUUUUGGGUUUGUGUCAUUUCGGAAUCAGCAGGAAGCACAAAAUGCCAUUAAUGACAUGAAUGGGAAGUGGCUUGGCAGUCGGCAGAUACGCUGUAACUGGGCAGCGAAAGGUGCUAGUGCCAGUGAUGACAAGCAGAGUUCAGAUGCCAAAAGUGUUCUGGAGCUGACAAGUGGAACAUCAGAUGAUGGCCAGGAGCGAGCCACUGAUGAGUCUCCAGAAAACAACCCCCUAUGUAGAACUGUUUAUGUUGGCAAUCUUGCACCAGAAGUUAAUUCAGCAGAACUUCAUAGGCAUUUUCAUGCCCUUGGUGCUGGAGUCAUAGAGGACGUACGGGUGCAACGUGAUAAAGGUUUUGGGUUUGUGAGAUACAGCACCCAUGGUGAAGCAGCUCUGGCGAUUCAGAUGGGCAAUGCACGAAUUCUCUGUGGCAAACCAAUUAAGUGCUCAUGGGGUAACAAGCCUACAUUACCCGGGACAAGCUCCGCUCCUCUCCCUCCACCGGCAGCUCCACACGUACCGGGGUUCUCAGCUGCCGACCUUGCACUUUAUGAGCGCCAGGUGGCCCUCAGCAAGAUGGCUGGCAUGCAAGCCCUCAUGCACCCGCAAGCCCAGCACGCGCUCAAGCAGAUGGGGAUGGGCCCUGGCACGGCCAGUCAGGCAAUUUAUGACAGUGGGUUCCCAAGCGUUGCGACGACCCAACAACUCAUGUAUUACCAGUAAUUGUCAUAUAUACGGGAUUUCUACACGUUGCUUCCUUACAUAAUUAUUGGGCUGAAUAAGUGUUCAAGAAUCAGACAGUGGUCUGUUCUUGAUCCCAGCUGUUGUAUGAGAUGAUAUCACACGUGUACUGCUGUUUGUAACUGUACUUUUGUAUAACGAGUGUAUUGGUGUUGUUAUCAGUGUUAGUGCUGGAUGUUUUCCGACCCUA